CAGAUUGUAACAUGCGUGCAACCAUCGAUAAAUCGAUUAGUUCACAGCUUACUAUUUAAUAAAACACAAAAAUGAAGCCGAGAUCGCAGAAAAGCCAAGGAAAACCCAAUGGAAAACCAAACAGAGGCCCUGUUAAAGUGGGCCACAACCAGAAACCCUACUUUAAGAACAAGAACAACCAAAAGGCCAAAGGGGAAAAGCCAAAUAAACCGGAGAUUCGGAACAUGAAACGCAAGGAAAAGGCUGCCCAGGAGGCUGCGGAGCGGGAGAAAGUUAGGGCGGACCGGGAUGCCCAGGUGAAGGCCUAUAAAAAGAAGCGUUUGGAGAAAACUAAGGCCAUCAGCAAAAGGACCCAAAAGGGACAGCCCUUGAUGAAGGAUCGUAUGCAGCUCCUUCUGAAGCAGAUCGAGGAGAUGAAACGCAACUAAGUGAGUCGCAGGACCUCUAUGCUACACUAGGAACACUUCCCCCGCCUCACAAUCAGUUGUUCAUAUACACAUACAUGUAUAGAUGUAGUGUACAUAGAAACGUUAACUUUUAGAAUAGGUUUAAUUAAAUUUUAAUUUAACAAAUUGUUAUUCACAAUUAUAUUCUUAUGAACAGUGUUA